AAAUGCACUCACACAUCACACUACUACUAUUUCUCUUCUACUGUUCUUUGAUUUGAAAUAUCUAGCCUUCUUUUUCUUCUCUAGAUUCUGUCAUCUUUUUUUUUAGGCUUUGAAUAUUAGUGGGAGAGAGAGAGAGAGAGAGACGUCUGGUUUUGAAAUUGGGGAAGAUCCAUUUGCGGGCAAAGUGGGUACAGGGUUGGUUUCCCAGACGACUGUUACUUCACUUGCAAGGGAUGGUAAUGCUUUCACUGUGGGGCUUUCUUUGGGGAUCAUGGGUCUACUUGCUUGCUAAGUUAGCAAUAACCAAAAUAGAAGAAAAAAAGGGUCUACUGCCUACUAGCUUAGUUAAAGUUCCUUUCUUUUGUUAUGAUUCUUCCUCUCUUCUAGUUCGUUGACUGAAAUCUUUGAUCUUGGGAUCUGAAAUCUUUGUUUUUUGCGGCUCCUUAGGUGAUUUGGGAGAUGGGUUUAGGGUUCCUUCAAUUGGGUCAUUUUCAUUCUCUCUAAAUGGGGUUUUGCAUCAUUGCUUGUUCAGCAAAAUAGGGGUUAAUGGGGUUCUUGAUUUGUGGUCAAGGGUUUUGAAUUUCUGGUGGGGACUUGGUAUCUCAGUGGUUCUACUCGUAUUUAUUAUUGCUUCACCUUUUUCCGAGAGUCACUGUUAAUUGCUUCACUUACAAGCUGUUAUUAGUUUCUCCUUCUGUGGUUUCUGAGGUGUGUUUUUUCUCCUUCUAUAAGGGGCAGUGUUUGUUAAACACUUUCGAUUUCUGGUGGGAAUUGGUGAUCUCAAUUGUCUUUUACUUGUAAUUCUUGCUUCAUUUGCAAGCUGCACGUCUUUAGGCACGUGCGUAUGCAAGUUUCUUCAUUUGGAUUUCUUCUUGCUUCUGAAAAGCAGUGCAUGGGAGGAGUAUUGGCCUUGAUUUGAGCUGGGAAAUUUCUUGUGGUUUCAGCAAUGGUGGUGCUGCGGUCUGUUCCAAUGACUUUCCUCCAAUGGGUAUUCUUGGCUUGCUUUCUUUGUUCAUCUAUGGGUCUGAAAAGCCCAGCCCCAUCUUGCGAUCCUCAUGAUCUUUUGGCGCUGAAGGAGUUUGCAGGAAACCUCACGAAUGGGUCCAUCGUCACAGCCUGGUCCAGUGAAUCCAUUUGCUGCAAGUGGGAUGGUGUUGUCUGUGAGAAUGUGAAGGGAAAUGGUUCUGUUGCUGGUAGAGUGACCAAGUUGCUUCUCUCCAAGAUGGGUCUCAAAGGGACGAUUUCACACUCCUUGGGUCGAUUGGACCAGCUGAAAUUGCUUGAUCUUUCAAGGAAUCAUCUCGAUGGUGAGUUGCCCACAGAGCUUUCAAACUUGAAGUGGCUGGAAGUUCUUGAUUUGAGCCAUAACAAUCUGUCAGGACCGGUUUCAGUGGCACUUGAAUCCAUUCAAGUAUUGAAUAUCUCUAGCAACUCAUUUAGUGGGAAUUUUCCCGAGCUCAGGGGAUUGCCAAAUCUUUUUGUGUUCAACAUUAGCAACAAUUCAUUCUCCGGCCAGUUUAAUUCUAACAUUUGCAGUUCCUCAAAUGGGAUUCAGAUUCUUGAUUUGUCUGUGAACCGUCUGGUGGGCGGUCUUGAAGGCUUGGGAAAUUGCAGCACAUCUCUGCAACAAUUACAUGUGGACAGCAAUUCACUUUCAGGGCAUCUUCCUGAUUCUUUGUAUUCUCUGUCAGCUUUGGAGCAACUCUCAGUCUCUGGGAACAAUUUCUCUGGCCAGCUAAGCGAGAAAUUGAGUAAGCUCUCUUCCCUUAAAACCCUCGUCAUUUCUGGAAACCAAUUUUCUGGUGAACUGCCAAAUGUGUUUGGGAACCUUUCACAACUAGAACAAAUUGUUGCACACUCAAAUUCAUUUUCUGGGCCAUUGCCAACUACCCUUGCACUCUGCUCAAAGCUUCAAGUGCUUAAUCUUCGUAACAAUUCGUUUAUUGGUUAUAUUGAUCUUAAUUUCACUGGGUUGCCAAAUCUUCUCACACUUGAUCUUGCCAGUAAUCGUUUUUUUGGGCUCCUUCCAAAUUCCCUAUCUAAUUGCCAUGAAUUGAAAAUUUUGAGCCUUGCUAAGAACGAAUUGACUGGCCUAAUCCCUGAAGAUUUCGCAAAGCUUACAUCGCUGUUGUUUCUUUCAUUGUCGAACAACAGCUUUGUGAACUUAUCUGGGGCACUAUCUGUGCUGCAGCAAUGCAAAAAUCUCACCACUCUUAUCCUUACAAAGAAUUUUCAUGGUGAGGAAAUUCCUGAAAAUGUGAGUGGGUUUGAGAGCCUGAGGAUUUUGGCGCUUGGGAAUUGUGCUCUGAAAGGCCAAAUCCCAGGUUGGUUGUUGAAUAGUCGGAAGUUGCAAGUCCUGGAUUUGUCUUGGAAUCACUUCAAUGGCAGUAUCCCUCCUUGGAUUGGUCAGAUGGAGAAUUUGUUUUACUUGGACUUCUCAAAUAACUCUCUCACAGGUGAAAUCCCAAAAAGUCUGACAGAGCUGAAGAGCCUCAUUUUUUUAAAUUGCAGCUCAUCAAAUCUUUCUGCUUCUGCUGGCAUUCCGCUGUAUGUAAAGCGAAACCAGAGUGCUAAUGGCCUGCAAUACAACCAGGCCUCAAGUUUCCCCCCCUCAAUAUACUUGAGCAAUAACAGAAUAAGUGGAAUAAUAUCGCCUGACAUCGGGCGAUUAAAAGAGCUACAUGUCUUAGAUUUGAGCAGGAACAACAUAACUGGGACCAUCCCUAGCUCGAUUUCAGAGAUGGGGAACUUGGAAUCAAUGGAUUUGUCAUAUAAUAAUCUAUAUGGAUCAAUCCCCGUGUCAUUCAGUAAGCUCACUUUCUUGUCAAAGUUUAGUGUGGCAUAUAACCACUUGCAUGGGAUGAUUCCAAUCGGGGGACAGUUCUCAAGCUUUCCGAAAUCGAGUUUUGAGGGCAACCUGGGACUUUGUGGGCAAAUAGAUAUUCCUUGUGAUCACGGUGGGAGUAAAGUACCUGUUAUGCGAUCUGGUUCAAACAAUAAAUUUGGUCGAGGCAGCAUCGUUGGCAUAACGAUCAGUAUUGGUGUUGGAAUUGCAGUGCUUCUUGCAAUUGCUGUGCUUAAAAUGUCCAGGAGGGAUGUGGGGGAUCCAAUUGAUAACUUUGACGUGGAACUCAGCAGGCCACACAGGUUGUCUGAAGCGCUUGGGUCUUCAAAGGUUGUACUCUUUCAGAAUUCGGAUUGUAAAGAUCUCACAGUUGCAGAAUUGUUAAAAUCUACAAACAACUUCAACCAAGCAAACAUUAUUGGUUGUGGUGGAUUUGGUCUGGUUUACAAGGCCAACCUUCCAAAUGGGACAAAAGCUGCUAUCAAGAGACUUUCUGGGGAUUGUGGUCAGAUGGAACGUGAAUUCCAAGCUGAAGUGGAAGCCCUCUCAAGAGCUCAGCAUAAGAACCUUGUUGCUCUUCAAGGUUAUUGCCGAUAUGGUAGCGACAGGUUGUUAAUUUACUCCUACAUGGAGAAUGGAAGCUUGGAUUAUUGGCUGCAUGAGAAUUUGGAUGGGGGCUCACUACUAAAAUGGGAUGCAAGACUCAAGAUAGCUCAAGGUGCAGCUCAUGGAUUAGCUUACUUGCAUAAGGGUUGUGAGCCGAACGUAGUUCAUCGAGACAUAAAAUCUAGCAACAUACUUUUGGAUGAAGAUUUCGAAGCUCAUUUGGCUGAUUUUGGUCUCUCAAGGCUACUGCAACCUUACGAUACUCAUGUCACAACGGAUUUGGUUGGAACUUUGGGUUAUAUCCCUCCUGAAUAUAGUCAGACUUUAACAGCAACUUUUAGGGGUGAUGUCUAUAGUUUUGGAGUUGUUCUUCUCGAGCUUCUUACUGGUAAAAGACCUGUGGAGGUUUGCAAAGGCAAAAACUGCAGGAAUUUGGUCUCUUGGGUGUUUCAGAUGAAAUCUGAGAAGAGGGAGGAGGAAAUUAUAGAUACAGCAAUAUGGGAUAAGGAUCAUGAAAAGCAGCUCUUAGAGGUGCUUGUUGUUGCCUGUAAAUGCAUAGACCAAGAUCCAAGACAGAGACCCUCUAUUGAGCAAGUUGUUUCCUGGCUUGAUGGUGUUGGAUUUAAAGAUGCACAGCAGUGAAAUCCACACUUCCCUUUCUUUUUAUGGGUCUAAUUUUCCGUGGGGAAUCCCAGAAAAGGGAGACAUUGUCCAAAGUUUGUAGAAGGUUUGUGUGGGUUUCAACAAGUGACUGGUUUCUUAUCAAAUACAGUCGUAUGGUACUGUACACUGACUGAUGAACUUUGUAUACAUAGGCUAUUUGGCCAUUUCUUUUACUAGAAAUAAGCAAUUUAUAGAAAGAAUGAGUUCUUCUUUGCUUAA